CAGAAGGCUGGAUUCCUUGGGCCACGGCUUGACCGCAGCUAAGAGGCAAGCGGAAGUUCUCCUAGGACACCAGUUCUCCUUGCUGUCCUUAAGCCCCGCCCCUCCGGUGUAGGCGGCGUCUCCGUGGCGACGCGACUCCAUGUGCGGCUGCGCAAGAGUGACGGGGCGCGGGCGAGUGGGACGGGGUGUUUUGGUUCUCGCCGCUCGCCGUCCUUUCCAGACCUGGCGGUCAGAAAGCCGCUCAUUCCUGCUUUUCCUUCCCCUUCCCCUUCCCUUCCCUAACCCGGAUUUUCCCUCCUCCCAUUUACGCGCCUCUCUUUGAUCGGCUGCCGCCCGGAAUCCGGGCCGGGCGCUCGGAAGCGCGCGGCCCCGGGGCCCGGUACAUGACCCGCCGCCCUGCCGCCCCUCGCGUCUUCCGCCCCAUGUGGCUACGGGGCCACGGCGGCGCUGCCCACUAUGGCCCGGAAAGCAGUUAGCAGGAAGCGGAAAGCGCCUGCCUCGCCAGGAGCCGGGAGCGACGCUCAGGGCCCGCAGUUUGGCUGGGAUCACUCACUGCACAAAAGAAAAAGACUACCCCCAGUGAAGAGAUCUUUAGUGUACUACCUGAAGAACCGGGAAGUCAGGCUACAGAAUGAAACCAACUACUCUCGGGUGUUACAGGGUUAUGCAGCACAACAACUCCCCAGUCUCCUAAAGGAGAGAGAAUUUCACCUUGGGACCCUUAAUAAAGUGUUUGCUUCUCAGUGGUUGAAUCAUAGGCAAGUGGUGUGUGGCACCAAAUGCAACACGCUCUUUGUAGUAGAUGUCCAGACAGGCCAAAUCACCAAGAUUCCCAUUCUAAAAGACCGGGAACCUGGAGGUGUGACGCAACAGGGAUGUGGCAUCCAUGCAAUUGAGUUGAACCCUUCUAGAACACUCCUAGCCACUGGAGGAGACAACCCAAACAGCCUUGCCAUCUAUCGUCUGCCUACGUUAGAUCCUGUGUGUGUGGGUGAUGAUGGACACAAGGAUUGGAUCUUUUCUAUUGCAUGGAUCAACGAUACUAUGGCAGUUUCUGGCUCACGGGAUGGUUCUAUGGGACUCUGGGAGGUGACAGAUGAUGUGUUGACCAAAAGCGAUGCGAGACAUAAUGUGUCACCAGUCCCUGUAUACGCUCACAUCACUCACAAGGCCUUAAAGGAUAUCCCCAAGGAGGAUACAAACCCGGACAACUGCAAGGUGCGGGCUUUAGCCUUCAACAACAAGAACAAGGAGCUCGGAGCAGUAUCACUGGAUGGCUACUUUCAUCUGUGGAAGGCUGAAAAUACAUUGUCUAAGCUUCUCUCUACCAAAUUGCCAUAUUGUCGAGAAAAUGUGUGUCUGGCCUACGGCAGUGAGUGGUCUGUGUAUGCGGUGGGCUCUCAAGCACACGUCUCCUUCUUGGACCCGCGGCAGCCGUCAUACAACGUCAAGUCUGUCUGCUCCAGAGAGCGAGGCAGUGGGAUCCGAUCCGUGAGCUUCUAUGAACACAUCAUCACUGUGGGCACAGGGCAGGGCUCCCUGCUCUUCUAUGAUAUCCGAGCACAGAGAUUUUUGGAAGAGAGGCUCUCGGCUUAUUAUGGGUCCAAGCCCAGACUAGCAGGGGAGAAUCUGAAACUAACUACUGGCAAGGGCUGGUUGAAUCAUGAUGAAACCUGGAGGAAUUACUUUUCGGACAUUGAUUUCUUCCCCAAUGCUGUUUACACCCACUGCUACGACUCGUCCGGAACGAAGCUCUUUGUGGCAGGAGGUCCCCUCCCUUCUGGGCUCCAUGGAAACUAUGCUGGACUGUGGAGUUAAUGACAACUAACUUUCUCCCAAAAUGCAGAUUUACACUAACUUCCACCCUCAGUUUCCUCGUUUGGUGUUUUGAUUCCCCCAGUGUGAGGGCUCCCCUGUUGACUGCAGACAGAGCUGCCAUGGGUUAGGCAGUUACUAAGAAGAAGCUCUAUGCGGAAACCCAAAGAGGGGGAGGUUUUGUUGUCUUUUGGUUGGUUGGCGAUUUGUUGCUUUGGGGUUUUUUGUUUGUUUGUUUGUUUGUUUGGGUAGGUCUUUGUUUGUUUUCACUUUUCAAUAAUCAGAAUUUUACUCCCCCCCUUCUGCUUUCUCAACCAAACAUUGUUACAUAUCUCUCUUUUUUUUUUUUUCCUUAAGUGACACUCUCUUCUUUCUCUGGCUUCUUUACACUGAAAUGACAAGGCCAUUCUCACCUACUUCACUCAAGAAGUAGGCCCUUUAUAAUUAUGUGGUCGCUGUCAGACUUUCUGUGAAAGUUUGGGAGCCGUGUGUGUGUCUGUGUGUCUGUGCUUGCUUGUAUGAACUUGUGUGCCUGAUGGUACUUCGGUCACUGAUACUACUUGGAGUGAGGAUUAUCUGUAAUUAAAGUAUUUAUAAAAGAAACAACUUUAUUCAGAGUCCAGCUGUGGAACUAGCCUGUAUCUUUUUAAAAGUCUGACUUUGUAGGAAGUGAAAACUUAAGAGAAACAAACACAUCAGGAAAGCCCUUGAGUUCGAUUACAGGCUUGGGGUGGGAGUGGAGGCUCCAAGCCAGAACUCCAGAGUGAUCCAGCCCUGCCUGUCCUUCCCACCUGUGUGCAUGUUCCUUCCACUUCCUAACUUCCUGGGCCACUUAUGGUCUAGGUAAAGAGAAUCCUCUCCCUGGUCUCCUGCUUCUGUCAGGGUCUGACCUGACCAAGAGCAAGGAGUCUCAAGCUUGACAUGGUUGCCAUUCAUAGUCUCCUAUGACUCCUAGGAGGAACUUUUCCAUUCUUGGGAUUUUAACUGGGUUCUGUCCAGGAAGGAGUGGUUUGCAGUGAAUGCUUUGCGUGUGGGUAUCUGUUUUCUGCGUGUGUUGGAGCUUAGUAUUGGAAGUUACCUUCCUGCUCUGUUGGCUCAUAACUAUGGCUGUGCUGGUGUCACUGCAUGUGACAGUGUAGGUGUGAUGUGUGCUUUGCUUGUUCCUCUCUUUGAACUGUUUAGUGUGGGUUUUUAACUUGCAGACAACUGUCAAGCCAGUUGCUCUUUCACACAUCAUGUCAAAAGAAACCUUUCCCACCCGAGGCCUGAGAAGAGGAGCCACAGUACUGUGCCCACUUUCUCAGUUGCUCCCAGUUCUUCCCAUUUUCUCUUUGUGUCAAAAGAGUAUCCUCAUAAUGGCAAGGACUGCUGGGAAGCAGCAAGCCCACUGAUAGUCCACAGCAUAUACCACAGGUUUUAGAACAAUCAUCCUAUAAUCUAGAAAAAUAGGUGCUACAAACAGGAAAUUAAGCAAAAUGCUGGAUGCUAUGAAUCUUUUGUCUUAAUUUUUUCUAUUAUUAAACUACAGGCUGUAGGAUGUCUUAGUUCUCACAGAACUUCUGUCCUUUUAAACUGACUUGUGUAUUUAAAAAACAACUCUUAAGUAGGAUGUUUUGUGCUGUUGUCAGACCGUCUCCUGUGAUGCUUUUGAGUGUCUGAGAUUUUCUGUUUUCAAAAAUGUAGCAUUUGACUUUUUUUGCCAAGGAAAAAUAAAUACUGUCCUAGAGCAGA